AUGGCGGGUUUCACCAUGUAUUUCGCUAGUAGUGCUACAUCUAUCAGCUCAACGUUAAUAUUGCCAGGCACCUUUGAUCUCUCUCUUUGGAGAACGAUUGACAACACAGUUUCUUUCAGAGUCUAUCAGUCUGUUAGACAAUCUGUGGUUUCCGCAAUCCGAGUCUGUGGGAAUGCUUCUCUUCGAGCAUUCAUCGGAAGAGCCCAGGAGGGUCCCGGCGAGGCAGAACAUGAGCUGUUAUCAUGUGUUUCAGAGACUACGGCCGAAUUAUUUAACAAUGGUGGCAUUUCUCGCGUCUUUGGGCGCCCUCGACUUCUGGAGGUAGUGGUCUGGAAGGACAAAGAUCCUGUAACUAAAGAAGACUGUUGGAAAACAGGGACUUUACGUGAUGCACUUCUACAAGGUUCAUGGACCGCAAACGAUGCAGGGCUGAAGCUCUUCGACAAGGACUACCCAUUACCGGAACUUGAAAUACCGAAUCUGUCCCUGAACAAGGGUAUUGCAAGGAGGAGCCAGGGUUGGUUCUACUGUGCUGCAGUUGUAGGGUUUGUGCUGCAGAUAGGAGUGCUUGCAUAUUCUGCGGUAACUGUUUUGAUAUAUCCGGAUCAGUUCCAAAAGGAUGAACAGCCGGUCGAGAGCUAUGCGCUCCCUCUCUUUCUCAUUGGAACUAUAUGCCUGUGUACGGGCAUGUUCCUAUGUGCCUUUAUUAUCGAACGCUCGUCGAAGGAAUUAUACUUCCGCUCUGUCAAGCCUAGCAAGAUUUACUGGUUGCAGCCCGGGGGACAGAACGUCGGAGACCAAGUAUUCGACUCAUUUCUUGCAGCCAACGAAGGAUCUAGUUCCCAACUGGAUGAAGGUCUCGUCUAUAUAAAAGCCCACCUUGCGAAACUCACUUCUGGUACCGACCGGCUCCACGCUUUGGCUUGGGAUGAGAUGCCUAUCCGGCAGGUUGCUCGAAACUUAGCCCAAACGAUUGAGGCCACGAUGGACUUAAUAUCAACCUGGCAGCACGCGACGAAGGAUAUGGACAGCUUCGAGCUUGAUUUUGUGUGUCAAUCUCAUCACAAGUUUAUUGCCCCUAAAUUAGAAAGCUACACGAUCAACCUCGCAAGAUCAGACGAUACACUACAGUGGCGAGUUCAGGAACACGAAUUAGAGGCAGUGUUGGGGCUAUGGACAUGGUCACUGUUGAAUUCCAGCCCGGAGUGGCUGCACAACGGACUUGGUAGGCUUGUAGGACUAAGUGAGUCCGAGGCCAGAGCAGAAGACACUGAUCUUUACUUCCAUAAAUGGAUCUUCCGGCAGAGAGAAGCAAGGAUGGUUUCGACCAAAAUGGUCUGUUUACCCCAAUGUAUGUUUGGGUUUUAUUCAGGCCAUUAUCCCAACGAUAAAGAGAUUCUGGUUGUGAAGACUGAAAAUCACCUUGAAACCAUGGCCGCUCAAGACAUCUACGUUCAAUUUAUCAGAAACAUUUUGCAGAAUUUGGGAGAAUUUUGCGGUGACACCAACGUGGUUUCCGGCUCGAGGGACGGGUACAUUGCUCAUAAUAACCGCCUCGACGACCUUGUGGAUUGCUUCGAAACUAGCAAAUUAGGCUCACGAGAAGAUGCACUGUUGUGCAUAGUUCCUGUGCUAAGACAUCGAGGUCUUCUACCAAUGCUUUCCGGAGGCUCAUGUGUUGUCAAAAGUCGGAUCAAGGAGCUUACAGCCAGCAGCAACUGGGUAGAGGCGUUUUCAAUACUGUGGUGGCUUUGUGAAUGUAGUGAAGGAGAGGAGUUCGAACAUUCUGUCUUCGAACUCGGCUGCCUUUGUCGUCGUGCAAUGCUACAAACAGACCCAAAUAUACAGGCAGAAGGUUACAAAUACGCAUAUCGUCUCAUAGAGAAUGAUCCAAGGACAGGAUUUAUCAGAAGCCUAAGGGAUAGUCGCCCCACGGGCUGGAUGGACGCAGACCAGCGACCGGAGCAGUGGAAAGCAUUUUCCCUCCAAUUAGGGUGGGUGAUUUGGCACAUCAUCCAAAGAAAUAAAAAUCGUCAAGGCAUUCAAAGUUCCUUGGAAUCUCUUGGUAUUGAUGGGAGCUCGGUGCCUAUAGGAAAGGCCAAUGGCGAUGAGAUUCAGGGCACGAAGGGUGAGCAAGCCGUACUUCAUUGGUUAACGAACAAUGACGAGGGGCUUUACAAUCGGGAGCUUCUUUCCAUAGACGAUCGUCUAGCUCUGGAUUGGUUGUGCCAGAAUAGGUACCACGCGCUUUUGGAUUGGCUCGUUGCGAGAUGGGUUGAGUUGGAAGAACGAUGCCCAGGGUUCCUCUACCACAUCAUCAUAUGGGCCGUCGAGGGCAGAUAUCGAGUAGCGAUAGAUGCACUUCGCCGGCACGAUGUGAGCAUCGACAUGCAGAAUCCUAAAGGCGGCUCAACCCCCCUGAUCGACAAGAUUAUCGAGGGUGAUCGAAAGGCAAUUCAGGAGCUGCUCGACACCGGCGCUGAUGUGAACGGAAGUCAUUCCGGUGGAGGAACACCGCUAUCAGCUGCCAGUCAUAAAGGAGAUUUGGAAACGGUUUCCCUGCUCUUGCACAAAGGUGCCAAGGUCAACAUUCAAGACAGCGACGGAUUCAGCCCUCUGAUAUGUGCUAUAGUAGGGGAUCAUGUCGACAUUGUUCGGGUUCUCUUUAAGCACGGUGCUAAUGCUAACCUGGGUAGCUUCGGCGGAAGUACACCUUUGAUGGCUGCGGCAGCAGAUAACCGUGUGGAAAUUCUGGGACUCCUGCUUGCUCGGGGAGCUGAGGUAGACGUGGAAAGCAGUGAUGGUUGUACUGCCCUCAUGCUAGCAGCUCGGAAUGGCAGCACAGAAGCUACGAGGCUUCUUUUAAGUCACGGUGCCAAUGUCCAUAAACGCACGCUAGGUGGUGAAACGGCUCUCGAUUGGGCACGAGAAUUCGAUCAUAUUGCAAGCGACUGCAUACCGUUACUCAAGUCAGCAAUGACUAAGAGAUCAUGA